UUAUAACCCAUCCCUAUUUCAACUAUUCCAGCUACUAAAAAUAUAUAGCCUGUUUAUAUUGUGAUAGCGGAUGGCUUGAUGUUUUCUAUUGAUUAUUUCUGUUGGACAAUCUAGCAAUCUAAUAGGACCAGAUCGACAAGACACUACCAUGGUGUCCCUCUCCGGACACUCUGUGUAUCACCUCGGUGUCCUCACUGUGUGGUUCUGUCUGCUGGCAGUCUCCCAGGCGGCGUACGUUAAUGUCGCCCUCAACAAACCAGCGUACCAACAGUACCAAUACACCCCAGGUGACGACAGAUGGGACGCCAGUAACGCUGUAGACGGACGUAAAUCAGACCGGAGUUAUAGAGGAGGUCAAUGUGCUGUAUCAUAUUGGGGACAAAAAGCCACCUGGUGGGUGAACCUGACCACCAUCCACAGCAUCUACAACAUCACCAUAUACUUCAGGACGGACAAUAAUCUACAGGACUUUUAUCGUUACUUGUCAAAGUACUAUCUUGGAUUUUCGGUGUACGUCUCCAAAACAACAGACAGACUACAGGGAACACUGUGUUACAAAGACGACAACUUUACACUAGACACCAUGCCUGCUGUCUUCACCACCACCUGUCCUGUACAUGGACAGUACGUUAUCUACUACAACGAAAGACUACCAGGAGUUACCUACCCUAGAGGAUACUUUACAUAUGUUGAGAGUAGCCUCUGUGAAGUGGAGGUGUAUGGAUGUCCUGGAGGGUUUUACGGGGCUAAUUGUUCGAUUGCCUGUCCAGAUACCAAUUGUUACUGUCACUUAGAGACGGGCACCUGUCAGGGCUGCAAACCUGGGUAUCAAGGUUACCUGUGUAAAUCAGCUUGCGAUAAAGGAUCAUUUGGUGAAAAUUGCAAUGAAACAUGCGGACACUGUCGUGACAUUAAAAAGUGUUCCAAUAUCAACGGAGCAUGUUUAACUGGAUGUGAUGCUGGUUAUCAGGGAGAUUUAUGUAAAACACCUUGUCUAUACGGAUUCUUUGGACAAGAUUGUGCUGACAGAUGUAAUGACACCUGUGAUGGUUGUAACAGAUUCAAUGGUUCUUGUGAUUCUGGGUGUAAACCAGGAUGGCAAGGACAUGACUGCCAAGAUGCUUGCGAUAAAGGAUCAUUUGGUGAAAAUUGCAGUAAAACAUGUGGACACUGUCGUGACAUUAAAAAGUGUUCCAAUAUCAACGGAACGUGUUUAACUGGUUGUGAUGCUGGUUAUCAGGGAGAUUUAUGUAAAACACAAUGUGACAGAGAAUCCUUUGGAUUUGACUGCAAUGAAACAUGCGGACACUGCCGUGAUAUAAACCAAUGCUUCUAUACUAAUGGAACAUGCCUAACCGGAUGUAUUGCUGGCUUUCAAGGGGAUUUGUGUAAAACACCGUGCCAGCGCGGGUUCUUCGGAGAAAAUUGCCUUCAAAAAUGUCUCGAUAACUGUGCAGGUUGUCAUAAUCAAACUGGUCUGUGUGAAUAUGGAUGCCUCGAAGGAUAUACAGGAUACUUCUGCGAAAACGCCUGUCCGUAUGGAUUGUUCGGAGAAGAUUGUACUGGUGUAUGUAACGACAACUGUACGGGCUGUAACAAUGUGAAUGGUGUGUGUGACAGAGGAUGUCAUCCAGGCUGGAUGGGAGACUACUGUGAUAUAGUGUGCAGCUUUACUCACGUUCACUGCAGCAGUACUUUCUUGGACAUUCAUCGCAAAAGCAAUUCCUUGGACAUUUAUUGCAACCGCAAUUUCUUGGACUUUCAUCGCUGCAACCUUUCUUUGGACAUUCACCGUAGCAGCAUUUACAGAAGCAUCGAUUCUAUGGGCAUUCACUGCAGCAGCGAUUCGUUGGGCAUUUGUAACAGUCAUUCGAAAUUAAUUCGUACGAUGCCACGAACCUCCUGAAAAUCAUGAUGUACAGACUGAUCCCCAUCAAAACAAAUGGAUCUCUUGGCAUACUUUUCAACUUACUUCAAUCUAUGGAAACAGUCCGCAAUAUUCCGAAUAAAUCAUGACAAUUAUCAG